AUUGACAGAUUUAAAAAGGCCCCGCCAGUCAAAAAUAAUAAAUUGUAAUAAUAUUUUAAAAUAAUUACAUAUUUUAAGUAUGUCGAGGUACAUUUUAUUAUAAAGACUUUUUUCUUAUGACUGUUAUUUGUCUCAAGUAUUGUUUUGUAAAAUGGAAAAGAUUAAAAAUUUAAUUGAGUUAGAAAAUGAUUUUAGCGGAAAAGAAGGAGCGUUUUCAUUUGAUGUUUUUGUUAAAUACCUAGAAAAUAAAUAUGGAGUAGUAUCUGAGUGCAUAAAAGAUUCCAAUAAUGAUAUGAAAUGCAUAUACUGUCAAGAUUCAUUUAUGAAGGAUGUUUUUAACUUUUUUCCUGACCGACUUUGCAUUGAUGUUACUCAUUGUAUGGUAGCUGAUAUUUUUAUGUACAUCUUUCUUUGCGAAGAUUCAAACGGACGAAAUGAAAUAGUAGCUGUUGGUUUUUCAACAAGUGAUAAUUCUGAAUCCUUUUUAUGGCUUUUGAACACGUUUAAGAAGCAUAAUCCUAAUUGGCGUAAAACGAAAAUAUUGACUCUUGAUCCUGAAAUAAAGUAUAAAGAUGUAGUUAGAACUGUAUUUCCAACUCCGUAUGCCAUAAUAUGUUUUCAUCAUGCUCUCAAAUCGUUUAACAAAGGUGUAGAAUCAAUUAGAAUUCAAAACAUGAUUCCCAAUGAUCAAAUUAAAUGUGCUGUGGAUUUAUUUAAAAGUAUGUACAACUCAAUUAGUCAUGCUGAGUAUGAGAUGUAUUAUCAACAAUACAUUAUGUUGCAUAGUUGUUUAGUAUUUUAUUUUCAAGAAGUGUGGCUGCCUUUACAGCCAUUAUGGCGAAUUGGACUAGAUUUUUUUCAUGAAAAUUUAUUUAGCUCUCUGAAUUAUCAUUUAGAAAUUUUAGACAAUUCAAUAAAAGUAAUAUUUGUCUCAGAAGAGAGCUUGGCGAAGUUCAUUGAAAAAUUGUUUGUUAUACUGUCGAUUAAAAGGAAAGAAAAAUCUAGCUUGAAUUUGCUCACAAAUCCUUUAUUUUAUUCUCGAUUUUCUACCGAGUACCAAAUUUCCAGAGUACUAACCCCAUAUGCUGCCAGGUUUGUUAUUGAUCAAUACGGCUUAUCUUCUGAAAUACAUAUGGAUUGUAGCAUUUUAUCUGACAGUUAUUUUUUUGAUAGCUUAGGCACGUCAGUUAAUGCUACUGUAUCAAUGUGCCAAUGCAAUUUUUUCCUGUAUUUUUUUUUGCCUUGCCGACACAUUUUUGCAGUGAGGAAAACACUGAGUCUUUGUGCCUUUGAUGAAAAUUUAGCAGAUUCUGUUUGGAUUAUGAAAUACUACCAGUCUUCUCUUUUGUCAAUUCAAACUACAUUGAAUGGGAUUAAUAAUUUUGUUUCAAAUGAUUUAAAGCAUUUGUUUGUACAAAAUUUAUUAGAAAUUUCCUUACUAUCUUUUUACGAAGAUUCUCAGAUAUCAGAGUCUCGUGCAGAAUUAUUGAAUGAACUCGUGAAAAAUUGGGCAAAUAAUAAAGAUGUUUCCAUUCAGUUUGAGGGUGUGGAAUUAGUUUUGCCUGAAAAUAAUCGAGACAAUUUUUUAAUGGAUCAUAUUUCUCAAAAGUUUAAAACUGAAGAAGAGUUUAAUUCUUUUCCUACUCAAUUAAAUAAACCUGUCUCUGUAUUAAAAAGAACCCCCGUUUCUUCAAAAUCAUUCAAAGUUGAAUAUGCAAAUCCAGAUUUUGGUGGUUCGAGUGAGAGUUCUUUUUCUGCAUUUUGUGAAAAGGAACUCAAACAAAAGAAAUGGAAUUUCAAAAGCAAAGUUUUAGAUGGACCUCACAUAAAUUAUGCCUAUUUAUGUCGAAUCAUCUGCGAUAGUAAGGAGAGUAUUAUAGACUGGUUGAGACAAAUGGAAUUAAUUUGUACUAGUAUGUUAUGUCCUACUUGUGGCUGUGCAAUGACUCUCAAAUUAGUUCCCCGACUAUCUGAUGGAGCUGUAUGGGUUUGCUCUAAUGAUAUGGAAAAGAAACAAAAUUGUUCUCGAAGGUGCUCAGUCCGAAGAGGCUCUUGGUUUGAGCUAACUAAUAUGAGUUUUGAACAGAUACUUACAUUUUGCUAUAUGUGGAUUAACAGCUACAGCCAGGGGCAAAUUAUAUCGGAAACUGGAAUAUCUACUGCUACUUACAUCUCAUGGAAUAAGCUUAACAGGAGAGUUUGUGAAGAAUACCUUACGGAAAAUACAAGUUAUUCAUCCACAACAAAGAUGGAUUCAAGUGGUUAUGCUCAAGUAUUAGAUGCAUGGCUAGAAAAACGAGCUAAUGAAGACACAUUUUUAAAAUUUUUGCAAGAUGCAAAUGCAAUGCAUAGAAAAGAUUCUGCAAAGCACUCUGUGUGGUGAAGUAAAAAUAAUUAGCUUUUCUUAUUAUAAGACUUGAAAGUUUUGACGAAAAUUGACAUUUUUAAAACUGGCAGGUUUAAUUUGUUACUAAACCUUUAUAUGUUAAAUAGUUGAGGUAGUUAAAAUGCUACAGGUUUGGCAAGUUUUUUUUUCUUAUACUUAUGUUUAAUUUAACUUCAUGAGAAUUUAAUUAUGUUGUGCAGUAAAUUAGUUU